AUGAAUGAAGAUUGGACAACCAAGAAAGUAGACAAAUAUGUUGUUGUCAAUAAAUAAUUGGGGUAGGGGGCUUAUGGUACAGUGUUUCGAGGAUUUUUGUAGGAGGAUGAAACCAAACAAGUGGCUGUGAAAACGAUAAAGAUUUCUACUAUUUCAGACACGCCGAAGAUGAUCGAGCUAAUAAAGAGAGAAAUAGCUAUCCUGUAGAAAAUUAAUCAUCCAAACAUCGUGAGAUUAUUUGAUGUAGCAAGAACAAACAAUUACCUCUACAUGUUCCUUGAAUAUUGCGCUGAUGGUGAUCUCAAAGACUAUAUGGCUAAAAAGGAUGAAAAGCGACUCAGCGAAUUAGAAGCAGUCAUAUUUAUUAAACACAUUGUCGAAGGAUUUAAAAGGUUGUACAAACAAAAAAUCAUACAUCGCGACAUUAAACCUGCCAAUAUACUUCUUCAUUAAGGUGUUGCCAAAAUCACAGACUUCGGUUUUGCUAGAGUUAUGGACACUGAAAUGAAUGAUCCUGCCUACUUAUCAAGACUUGGGUCACCUCUCUAUAUGGCACCAUAAAUCUUGGAGGGUUAGCCAUUUUCAGCGAAGUGUGAUGUCUGGUCUGUUGGAGUCAUGUUUUAUGAACUUCUGUAUGGUCGUCCACCUUGGGCAGCAGAAACAGCAUUUUAACUCUUAGAGAAUAUCAAAAAAUAACCUCUAAAAUUCUUGCCAAAACCAGUAAGAUCACAGAAAGUCAAGGAACUCAUCACUCUGAUGUUGAGAGUUUAAGAGAAGGACAGAAUUUCAUGGGAAGGAGUGUUCGAGGAUCCAACUAUAAAGAUAGAUGAAGAAAUUAUGAAGGAAAACAUGAGGAAUAUUUUAAGAGAAAAAGAUGAGGUAUCUAAAUCAAUCAGUUUGAAUAAAUUAUAUAUUGAUUAAAAUCUAGUUGUUGGAUAUUUGGCAAAGAAUCCAAUAAAUACAUUAGAAAACUCUAAUCAAUCAACUUUAGAUGCUUCAUCCGAAGCGAGAUCACAAUCUGCUAAAUUUUCAAGCUAAUUUGACUCUGAAUCAAAUGGUGAAAUAAUCAUGAGCAAUUAUAGAAAUGAAAAAAAACGAAGAGAUGCUAUGUUAAAAUACAAUAACUACUUUUUGUUUGAGAGAAACAUCGCAUUCUUCUUCAACUUUGUUAUCUAGAAAGUGAUAAAGCUAUAGACCAUCCAAAUGCUCUAAUUAGCCAAUGACAAUUACUUUAGAUUAAUAUAUCUUAUAGCUAAAAAUCAGAUGGUCCAUUUGGAAAGAGUCAACUAGCAAUUAUCGAGAAAGGAACAUGAUAAAUUUGAUAAGGAAACUUGGGGAAGAUUCUUGGUCUCUUAAGAAUAUUAAAAACUCACCCAACUCAUUUAAAUGGAUAUGAAACACUCAUCUGAAUUCUUUGCUGAAAUCUCAAAGAAAUGCAAUCAAGUUUAAUAGGAAGAAUUGCAAAAUGGAAAAGCUUCAAGUUAGACCACCAAUUUGAUCAAGAAUUUCUUAUCAAUUCAUAACAAUAACUUUGAAGCCAAUGAUACCUUUCACAUGUUAUAUCGAGAUGUAAUUUUAGAGAACUUAAAAAUUAUUAAAAAUUUGAAUAGCAAAGAAACUGAGGCUAAUUUACUCAUCAUUUAUUUGACCAUAUGUUAGAAUCCCUACGAAGAAUUUAAAGAUAUCAAUUAUGAUUUCAAUACUUUCUAUGAGGAAACAGAAAAUUUAAGUCUAUCCGAAGUCCAAGAAAAGUUUCUAAAAAAAGGAAUAAAAUGA